UCACGCGCGAGCACGGUUGGGUCAGUAUCAUCGCAUGAUUUGCCCAGAUGUGGGUGUGGUAACACGAUGAAGAUGUGGAGAGCCAACACAGUGCAAAAUCCCAACCGAAAAUUCUGGAAAUGUCGAAGCUCUGGGACUGUUAAUAGCUGUGAACUAUUUCUAUGGGAUGAUGAAAUACUCCAUUUCAGCAAAGGAGAAACUGUCACUUCACCAUUUUGUAAGAAGUGUGAUAUACUACAAUUGAAAUUGGAAUCAGUGUCAACCAAAUUGGAGAAAGCGAAGAUGAAGGUUGAAGUUCAGAAAAGGAAAAACAUGCAGCUUAGGAUAGCUCUUAUUAUUAUGGCUGGAAAAAACGACGUUGCAAUUGCUGCUGCCUUGGAGGUUGUUGCUCAGGCUAUGCAAAAUCAGCCUAAUGUUGGAGGGAUUGACGAAUCUCGUAGUUUGAGUAUGUUCCAAAGGGAGAAUCUGCCUACUUUCAGAGGUCGGUAUGAUCCUGAUGGGGAACAUGAGUGA